CCAUCUUCCUUUGCUCAUUUCAGACCGGUCGGUGAUCGUAUUUCAAAUUUUACUACCAAGAUUGUCGCGCUACUGUAAUCUUUACUGUCGAAUUUCCCAUUGAUUUCAACGAUAUUUCUCGAAGCUUUGUAUCGUUGACGCUCGACCGACGUAACAAAAGUAAAAUUAUGCUAGAUACAUAUAUUACAGAGUCGUUGUAUAUGUUGCGUUACCGGCAGGACGCGUAGUUCUUCCUUUACGUACAGAAUGCGUGUUCGUCGUAACAAAAUUCUGUGCAAAUAGAAAAGCACGUAGCGUACGUGUUAUGUUCAUGUUUUCCAUUCUAUACUUCUGUUCCGGCAGAGUAUUAGCAGCUGGAAACGAACUUGGCGCAUAAAAGCAUUUACUAGAUUCGGGACCGAGAAUCUUACAUGCCGGUUCAUUCAGCUCAGAAAGGAAAAUGGAAAGCUCUUCACUGGCCGCAAAUAUUCCGCCCAGGCAGGAUGGGAGUACAUUCUGCAACAAAUGCGAGAAGAGUUUCCCACCAUUAUGGCUAACGUACACUACAGAGUGCUGAAGAAGAAAUGGUCGAACCUGUUGCAGCAGUACAAAGAACUGAGGAACCCGGUACACGGAGACAGAAACAAGGAGGACGACGUCUCUUGGCCCUUUUACAGCGCGAUCGACGAGCUCCUGGGAGGGCACGACCGCGGGGGAACGCCGAAUCACGACGAGUACAUCGAUCCCCACGAAUUCCUUUGCGUCUCCGUGACACCGGAAGAGCCCACCUCGUCGGUGGACGCGCUUCCUGUCGGAUCUGACUCGGAAAUCGAGCGUCGAGAUGUCGACUUACACCCUGACCAAAGGCUGAGAACUUUCGGCGACACCUCGAUUCAAAUCGAGAAAGUACCGACGCGAGAAGCUACUAAGCAAACUGGCAAGAGUUACGCGAGAAGGAAACGAGAGCCUAGGGCAUCGAUGCCACGUUUACCGCGCGCUACGGAGCUCACGAUCAGAAAAGUGACGUCGGAGGCAGACUGCUCUAAGGACUUGUCGAGGUUACGAGGAAACGACGUCGUCGAUUCCACCAGAGACAAAGGACGAUCGACCGCCGCACGUAACGAGGAUGAGGGAAGACCGAGAAAGUCGAGAAGAACGCGGGCCCCCUAUCUCGAGGAUCACGAGUCACGGACCGAUCGUCGUAUCGAGCAGAUCUUCGAGUAUAUGAAACGAAGGGACGAGGAGAAUAGAUCCAUCAUGAUCCGAGUGAUGCACGCUGUGGAGACCAUCGCCAAUAAGCUGUGACGUCGUCUCCACAGUCGAGGGAUCACGUUCAAAUAUACUUUUUUCAGGAAUCGCAACGUAAUCGAUUAUUGCACGACGGGUUUAACUGUACAUUGCUUUAUAAGGUGUCUCUUUUAUUAAACGAUGUUGGUAUUA